UCACUGCACGCCGAGCACGCUAGCCCUUGAUGAGUGGGUGCGGAGAGCCCGUACUUCCUUUUCUCCUCGCUGCAAAUGUCGGAAAGAAACAUGCCGGCCAAGGGCCCCCUGCAGUCCGUGCAGGUUUUCGGACGUAAGAAAACGGCAACUGCGGUUGCCCACUGCAAAAGAGGUAAUGGCCUCAUUAAAGUCAAUGGAAGACCACUGGAACUGAUUGAGCCUUCCACCCUGCAGUACAAGCUGCUGGAGCCUGUUCUUCUCUUGGGCAAGGAGCGAUUUGCUGGUGUUGACAUCAGAGUCCGUGUGAAGGGUGGUGGACACGUUGCACAAGUCUACGCCAUCCGUCAAGCUAUUUCCAAGUCCCUUGUGGCUUAUUACCAGAAAUAUGUUGAUGAGGCUUCCAAGAAGGAAAUCAAAGACAUUCUCAUUCAGUAUGACAGGACUCUUCUAGUUGCAGAUCCUCGUCGUUGCGAGUCCAAGAAGUUCGGUGGACCUGGAGCCCGUGCUCGCUACCAGAAGUCUUACCGUUAAAUCAUUGUACAUUUUCUUUCAAUAAACAGUUUGAAAACUAUG